AUGCCUGUAAGGAAGCAGAAGAGCAAGCGUCCCGUACUGCUAUCUCGCACCCGUCCUCCAACAGUCCGAAAGAAGCAUGCCGCCUUAUCAGCAAAAGCAACACGGACUCUCAUACGCUCCCAUCACAAGCUUCUCAAACAGCGGGCCCAGGCGCUAAAAGUUGGCAACAACGAUUUAGUUGACAAAAUCGAUGCCCAGAUAGAAUUAAAUGGCGGCUUAGAAAGCUAUCAAAUUGCAAGCAAACUUGGUCAAUCGCUUGACCGCGGGGGCGACUCUAGCAAAGUCCUUAUUGAUUGGAUAAAUAUUCGCUUGGACAUCUUGAAGAAUACUUCUUCCAAGCUUCGAGUUCUCGAGGUCGGUGCACUCAGCACUAGGAAUUCUUGUUCUCAGAACGGACAUCUUGAUGUCACGAGAAUUGACUUGAACUCCCAGGAACCUGGGAUCUUGAAGCAAGAUUUUAUGGAACGGCCGCUUCCGCAUAGUGACGACCAUCGGUUUCACAUUAUCAGUCUUUCUCUGGUGCUGAAUUAUGUCCCAGAUCCAGUCGGUCGAGGAGAAAUGUUGAAACGCUGUGUAGCUUUCUUAACAAAGGCACCACCGGCUGGCUCCUCUAUAUCUACCGUGCCUAGUUUAUUCCUGGUACUCCCUGCACCCUGUGUCAUAAACUCCCGGUUUCUCACACAACAAAGACUACAAGAUAUCCUGGCGAGUAUGGGGUUCUCUUUGGCAAAGCACAAACAAACCUCAAAAUUAAUAUACCAGCUUUGGGAGCUUGGUGGAAGCUACGAGCCCAAACAGUUCAAAAAAGAAAUUUUGAACCCAGGAAGAAUAAGAAAUAACUUCGCAAUCAUCGUGAAAGACGGAAAUAAAUGA